UUUGAGUCUCACCUCCCACUCUCCUUCAUCCCCUCACCCCAGCUAUGCGAGGAGCCUCCCGACUUGCAGCGCUGCUGACCGCGGCGGCUGCGCUUACCAUAGAUGUCGUCGCUCUCUCAAAUAUAUCCAGACAAGGCAGGUUCCUUUACGACACAAGCGGUACUAGGUUUUACAUCAAAGGUGUCGCCUACCAGCCUCAAGGGUCUGUGACCACAAGUGCCGACAACCCCUUUGAAGAACCCAGCACCUUUGUUGACCCUCUUGCGGACGACUCAGGCUGUUCUCGGGAUCUGCCUUUCCUUCAAAAGCUCGGUGUCAAUGUCGUUCGGGUGUACAGCGUCAAUUCAUCGCUCAAUCAUGAUUCCUGCAUGAGUGCAUUGAGCGGCGCAGGAAUUUACACUAUUAUCGACCUAUCGUUGCCUUUGAAUGGUUCCAUCGACCGUGAUUCCCCCGCGUGGUCGACAAACUUGCAGGACCAAUACAUCGAGACAAUUAACACUUUCUCGAAGUACGAUAACGUCCUGGCCUACAACGUUGGUAACGAGGUUGUCACAGCAUCGAAUGAGACAGAUGCCGCAACGUUCAUCAAGGCUGCUGCGCGUGAUAUAAAGGCAUACCUUGCAUCGAAGAACUCGUCUGCUCUUGUUGGCUACGCUGCCAUCGAUGGGGAUGACGACUUUGUUGCUCCUCUGGCCAAUUUCCUGAGCUGCGAUCCCAGCGGAAGCAAUUCUGGCUCGACUGCUAUCGACUUAUACGGCUUGAACAACUACGAGUGGUGCGGUAACGCUACGCCAAGUGUUUACGCAGACAAGAAUGCUCUCUUCUCCAACUAUAACGUUGCCGCCUACUUCAGUGAAUUUGGCUGUGUCUCGUCUCCGCCUCGCCUUUGGACCGAGGUCGCCGCGCUUUUUAGCCAGCCUAUGACUGGAGAGUGGUCCGGUGGUAUCGCAUUUAGUUAUUUCCCCGCCGCGAGCGCAGCCGGUCAGUUCGGCAUGGUCAAUAUCUCUUCAGAUGGUACCACGGUCACCGUCUCGAACGAUUUUAAUCUCCUCCAGGCGCAAUACGCCCAGGCCAGCCCGCCGAACAGCCCAAGCGCAUCUAGCACGGCCAACUUCCCUGCUUGCCCGACCCAAAACUCCACCUGGCUGGCCAGCGCUAGCCUUCCACCGACACCGGAUGAUGCCGCGUGCAGCUGCCUAGACAGUACUUUUGCAUGCAAGUUCUCUCCGCCGACGUCUAAUACCUCUACUACCGUCGGACCGCUCCUGGACGAGGCAUGUGGCCUUCUUGGCCAGGCUGGCGGAAAUUGCGACGCUAUUUCUGCGAACGGCACCACUGGCACCUACGGUCCCGUCUCGUUCUGUGACCCCUCCACAAAGCUAUCGUACACAUUCAACCAAUUCUAUCUGGCCACGAACCUCCAGGCAUCGUCUUGCGACUUUGCCGGCAAUGCGACGGUUGUUUCGGGUGAGCCGACGAACAGCGCCGCCGCUUCCUCGGCUGCGUCGUCCUGUCUCGCAGCCGUCCCUGCGACCUUCACGCCCUCCGCGCCGGCCACGACAGCUGGCAGCAGCUCCUCGAGCUCGACGUCGGGCAGCUCCAGUGGCAGCUCGGGCAGCGGUAAUAACAACAACGGCGCCCUCGGCGUGUUUAGCGAGCACGCGAUGGUCGGCGCGUUCGUGUCCGCGCUGUUCAGCGUGCUCGGCGGGCUGCUUGUCCUCGCCUAAGUGGACUACACUCAUAGGACUAUUUCACAUAUCGUCUUUCUUUUGCGCAUGAACGUGAACUGGUCGCACUAGCACCAUCCUAACCUCCAUGGACGCACUCUUUACCUAGUCACUUCAUACUUAGUACCGUAUUCGUCUGGCUCCUCCAUACCGAUUUGUUAUACCCAUGACAUCUUUUGGUGUGUACCUUAUUCAAAGUAAAAACUGGACAUAUCGACCCAAUUUAACGCAUUCACUUGCCCGA